AAAGGAAAAUCACGUGCCUGUCUUUGUACUGGUGCUGUUACUUUCUUCUUCACCUUGGGGUUUUUUCUGGUGGCUAACGGGCUGUCUCCCAAUCUUUUGCUUCCCCCAACCUUGUGUUUUGUGGUAUUGCUUCACUCCUCGCUGACUGUAUGACCUGAGUCUAUCCGGAUGGAUUUUCAUACUGUUCCCUUGGAGUUUACAUGAUUAAUUGGGUAACCGAUGUAGCUUAGUUAUAAUGCUUUGAACGUGUGGGGCUCUGGGAAAAGCUGCCAGUGUUUGGGGUGGUCACAUGGUGUUGGUGGCUGGGCAGUGACUCAGGGAGGCUGUUGUGAUGCUGAUGGGAGCGGGUUUCUGUCAACAACAGAAAAAUUACCCACUUCCUACAUGUGCAACAACUUGUCGCCGGCCCCCUCUUGUCAUGGACCCUCAGGGUGCGUCUCCUUGGUAAGGAAUUCCCAAAGAGGUUUCCAGGUAUGAGGUUCAGCCAUGGUGGGAGAUGACAUCUCUCAAAAAUAAGGGUUUUGGCCAAGUGAGAAAAUGUUUCGUGAAAGAGCUGGCUAGGAAUUUGGACCUGCUAGGAAGGAUGGCCACACUUGUAUCUAAGACUUUUUUCUGGGGCAAGAAGUCUUGGUGUCAAAGAAGGUUCUAAAAGGUAAGAUAAAGGCACCAUCCUGAGAAUUAUCCUGUCCUGGGGAUCGUCUGAUCUCUGGGUGAGUGACCCAGAGAGCGGGAAAUGGAGGGGUACACAGAGGACAUUUCAUUAAAUGCUCUUCUAGGAUGAGAUGUUGAAUGCUCUGAACGUCACUUAUUCAACUAGUACCGAGCACUUGCGUUGUCCUUGGAACGAAAAUAGUACCACGAAUAAGAUAAGUCCUCUGUUUUCAGAAGUGCACGUCUGGCAGAGAGGUAGACGCGGCCCCUUCAUUGCACUAUGUCUGUGGGGGGGCAGCUGCAAGAGCAUAUGCCCCGAAGGCUGGAGGAAAGCUUUCUGGUGGAAAGGGGGCCCUCCGUACAUACCUGGAGAAUGUUGAUGAGUGAGGCUUUGGUACCAACAUUCCUUUCUAGGGACGAAGCCCAGUUCACCCCCCCAUAUUUCUGUGCUCUGAUUAGCCGAGAAGCCAUCCCGCACAGCCCUUCUCAUCACUGGUAGAUUCGUCCAUUCACUCAUUCACCAAACUCUCAUUGACUACUUAACAUGCAUGAAAUGACACUCUGGGAAGCGUUAGAUACAGUUUUAGCUAAAAUACCAUAUUCCCUUCUGGCUCUGCCCUUGAUGUGCUAGUCAGUGGUUUCCAACCUUUUCAUGUCUGGAUCUGAACGAAAAGAAGUCUACUAAACAGACCCAGGCUUCACAUCAGAUGCUGAUGAUUUCAUUAUAAUCAGCAACCUCCCCACUUCCAACAAGAACCUAUUUGGUGUGAGGUAGCCUCAUCUUUUGAUCUUGGGGUGCUGAUUCCAGCCAAAAGCAUUGCUUAAGAAACAACUGAGCUGAAUGAGGGAGACAUUUUUUUAGGGUAAUUUUGACCGUGCAGUGUUUAGUUGGUGCCUCAUUUGGACUUGAGAGCCCAGCGCACUCGUAGGGUCGGGGUCCCUUGUGGGGAAGGUGACAAGGGCACUGCAAGCCUGAAGGCACAGUGUUCUGUGGACAGAGGAAGGCCACCUGGAGAAGUCCUGGGAAGAAAUACAGUGACUCCGUCGCACUGGAGGAAUGCCGGGGGCCUGCCACAGGCAGUCAGCCUGGCUGUCUGUCUGAAGCCAGGGUUUCGUGGCCUCACGCCCAGAGCUGCCGUGUCAUCGGCUGCCACACCUUAGCAACCCCAGCUGACAAUGACGUCUGCUGUUUGGGACACAUCAAGUCAGGCGCAAGAGGGAAUUGAGGUUAUUUUUCCUGGAGGCAUAAACAGUAAGGGACGAUAUGAUAGCUUUUCACCCGUAAAGUGGGAAGCGAACCUUAAUAUUUUUUUAUUUUCAAAGACCAAAAAGGAUGAAAUUGUCUUGAAGGAUAAAAAGGGAAAAAAAUUAGAUUGAACAUAAAAGAUUCAUAACAACCAAGAUGAUUAGGUUUUCACACGAGUUUCUAAGAAGUCUUUUUCCCUGGAGACCUUUUUAAAAAUAGGGUAGAUUCCAUCUCGCCCCUGCUCCCUGCUCAAGAUGACAGAUCCAGACAUAGACCACAGACGGAUUCAACUGGAUGAAGGCUUUUUACAAAUGAGUGAAAUGUUUGAGCUAAAUCGCUUUAAAGAAUUGGUAUUUUUUAACUUCUUUUUUUUUUUUUUUAAGGUAUUAAGAGAUUCUCUGGCUUGUGGUUUUGAGGUCGGUAAGCUCUGUCAGGUCCCCCUCAGCCCUGUCGUUGGUACCUGUGCCAGCCCUGUGUGCUUCCAACAGGUGGCCCUGAGCUCUGCACACCUUAACGUGGGAGAUAUUUAUGCCUUUCAAAGAAAGGUGUUAAGGACAAAUCAGCACCUAACCAGGUUCUACCCAUAGAUUUUAACGUUUAUUUAUUUUUGGGACAGAGAGAGACAGAGCUUGAAUGGGGGAGGGGCAGAGAGAGAGGGAGACACAGAAUCGGAAACAGGCUCCAGGCUCCGAGCCAUCCGCCCAGAGCCUGACGCGGGGCUCGAACUCACGGACCGCGAGAUCGUGACCUGGCUGAAGUCGGACGCUUAACCGACUGCGCCACCCAGGCGCCCCAUCUACCCAUAGAUUUUAAUGAGCAUGAAAAAAUAGCCAGCUUUAAUGAGGAAGGCGAGCCAUCAUUCCAGAGUCGCUCCUUUACGAAGAGCGGGCUGCUGUUGCUGCUGGGUUUUUUGUUUUGCUUGAACUCAGAAUCUGAAACUAGAAUUACUUUCAGUAAAUCUAUCAAAACCUAGCCUCAGGGAUGCUGCCUCUGCCUAAAUUCUAGUUGUUUAGAGGAUAUAAAAAAGACUAAGUGUCUGAAAGCUGAUUCUCCUAAGUAGUGAAGGACUAUGUGAAAGUUUGUUUAUGCCAGCUUAGCAACCCUUUCCCCACCCCGCCCAAGUACUACCAUGAAAGAGCAAACUUCUAUCCAGACUUUAAGAAGAUACGUAGAAUUAUGUCUUAAUCAGUGAAGUUUAAAAUGUACUUUAAAAGAAACCUAUAAAUUCCAACAGGGCGCGGUCACUUCUAAUCAUUUUAUAAUCUUUGAGACCACUCUGUGGGACAGGAGGUCUUUGUUUCAUGAGGUAGUUGGGAGUAAUUGGGGCUAGGGAAUUAACAGAAUGGAUUCAGGAGACGUAUUUCUUGAAAUUUCCCUGUAUACCCUGGUCACUAGAAAGCUUAUCAAAAAUAACAAUUCCUUUGGGAAUAACUCUCAAGUAAGGCUAAGCAAAUGAAUUUUACUUCCUUUUUUUUUUUUUUUAAGCCUUCACUUGACCCGCCCUCUCCUCCCCAUCAUUCCUUCCUCUGUGACCCAAAGCUGCUUGUCUGUGAAUUCCAUUCUCUUCUCUCUCUCAAGGGCAGAUAGAUGUCUUUUCGUAGCAUCUGGGAUGUCACUGGGACAGAAAGAUUGUUGGGGUGGGGCGAGAGAGCGUAGAUGGCCACAAGAGCCAGCCCCACCCCCUGCUGCACCCAGAUGUGGAGGGGCUGCUAUGGAGGGUCUUCAGAUGCCCUGCCCCUGGUUUCCUUCUGGAGUAGGAGCCAGAGGAACAAGCUGUGGAGGAGAAGCCUCAGAAAUGCUGCCGCUGCCUCUUCCCCUGUCUCCUGCUUUGGGAAACAGCAGUGUGGUGGCUCAAACCUCAGCGGCUCACAAGCCUAAUUCUAUUAAUAAUAACAAUAACAACAACAACAAUAAUGGCAUAACCACUGCAGCGACUGUCACGACUACCGUUUAUUGAGCCCCUACCGAAUACAGGGCCCCACGUCCUGAGUGCAUCACAACUGUCACCUUGUUUCAUCCCUACAGGGACCCCCUGAGGUAAGUCCUCAUUUCGUAAAUAAAGAGUGUGAGGCUCGGGAAACUUAUGUAAUUGUUCAAGAUCACCCAAUAAGUAGCAGAGCUAGGUUUCAAACCCAGAUCUAUAGGACCCCCACACAUGGGCUCUUUCUUACUGUUCUACUGCACUGCUGAUUCCUCUGCCUCUCCUGCUGCACCCUGUGUUCUUGGCUGACCCCUCUUGCCAAGGGCUUUCUGACACCUAACUCCGGACAUCCAGCCUGCCUUGCUUCUGAAUAGGCUGAGCCAGUGUCUCCUGGGAUGAUUUCUGGGAGUAUGUAAAGAAAGGUCCCCAAGAUAUUUGAUUUGACGUAUGGCCAGGACUGGGAACCACUAGCGUGAAGGAAUACCACCCUUCCCACCCUCCAAGAAAGAGAAGAUACUCGCCAGUGCAAUCUGGGGUGUUUGGAUAUAGAAUUUAAGCAGGGAAUACAGAUUCAAAAGAGUUAGCCUUCCCACUCUAAACAUGCCAAAUGAUGUUGGCUCUCUUGACCCGCUUUAUGUCCACAAAAUGGCAGAGCUUUUCAAAUAAUGCCUCCAAGUCAGCAUAAAACUGAGUAUCUGGUGUGUUUUUCCAUGGUCCGUGGCCUCUGAGAAUACGUUUGGCCAUGUCAGGGUAGAGGUCUGUCCUCUUAGCCAAGGGGGAAAGUCCCAGAGACCAGCUUUUCCUCUUGCUUUUGGAUGCUUCUUCCACCAGUCAGGCUGAUGGUGACCACUGCCACCUCCUGGCGAAGUGUCUCAAGACACCACCCCAAGGCAUCCUCAAGUUAUGGUGACAUAUGCAGUAGUGUCUGUCUCACUGAGCUUUCUCCUUGUUCCUAGAUGAGGAUGUGCUAGAAUAAGGAUUUAGGAGGCUGAUUUUUUUCCCAGGCACGUCUAUACCGAAUUAAAGUAAUCCUCUACUGGCCUUUCAAGAUUUCUAAGAAUAGCUUUACUUUGCUGGAGUUCAAGCAAAUAGCUCUAUUGUGAAAAUGCCUGGCCAGGAUCUGCACCCCAUGCCCCAAGCUCCAGCUAGCUAGCACUGCCCAGAGGAGGCGGACCGAGCUGCCCGGUCACCUUUGCUCUCCUAACGGGAGCUGCGCAGGACGGCUCCGCCCAGCCAGUGCGGAGUCUUGGACGGGCCUGCAAGAUAGUUGAGAGGCACUAGCAGCUACUCCCUUUCCACCUCCAAGGGCCAGGAAUGCCACUGGAGAUGAGGACGAUGAUGAUUCAGAUCUGUACUCGCCUCGGUACUCCUUUUCUGAAGACACAAAAUCUCCCCUUUCUGUGCCUCGCUCAAAAAGUGAGAUGAGCUACAUUGACGGUGAGAAGGUGGUUAAGCGGUCGGCCACACUCCCCCUCCCAACCCGCUCUUCCUCACUCAAAUCAAGCCCAGAAAGAAACGACUGGGAGCCCCCAGAUAAGAAAGUGGAUACAAGGAAAUACCGUGCAGAGCCCAAAAGCAUUUACGAUUAUCAGCCGGGCAAGUCUUCCGUUCUGACCAACGAAAAGAUGAGUCGGGAUAUAAGCCCAGAAGAGAUAGAUUUAAAGAAUGAACCUUGGUAUAAAUUCUUUUCGGAAUUGGAGUUUGGGAAACCGCCUCCCAAAAAGAUAUGGGAUUAUACUCCUGGAGACUGCUCUAUCCUUCCUAGAGAGGAUAGAAAGACUAAUCUAGAAACAGAUCUCAACCUCUGCCCAGCAGAGUUAGAGGCAGAUUUAGAAAACACGGAGACGCUUAAUAAAGCACCCGGGGCAAACUUGUCACAGAGCUCGACGGUCAGCCCCACUCCAGAAAUUUCUUCAGAGCUUCCUGGAUAUAUAUAUUCUUCCAACUUCCAUGCAGUGAAGAGGGAAUCCGAUGGGGCUCCCGGGGAUCUUGCUAGUUUGGAGAAUGAGAGGCAGAUCUAUAAAAGCGUCCUGGAAGGUGGAGACAUCCCUCUCCAGGGUCUGAGUGGGCUCAAGCGACCCUCCAGCUCGGCCUCCACUAAAGUGGAUCGUAAAGGUGGGAAUGCUCACAUGAUUUCUUCAUCUUCAGUUCCUAGCCGAACGGUUAGCACUAGCAAUGCGUUAGGCCCCUUGUGUAAGCACAAGAAACCCCUGUCCGCUGCGAAAGCCUGCAUUUCGGAAAUCCUUCCCUCUAAAUUCAAACCCAGGCUCUCUGCUCCCAGCGCUCUUUUGCAGGAACAGAAGAGCAUCUUACUGCCAGCAGAAAAGGCUCAGAGCUGUGAGAACCUUUGUGUUUCACUGUCUUUGAAUGAUUCCAAAAGAGGUCUCCCCCUCCGAGUGGGCGGGAGCAUCGAGAACCUGCUCACGCGCUCCCGGCGGGACUGGGACAGCAAGUCGAGCAGCACCGUGAGCCUGCAGGAGUGUGGCACCAGCGCCAGGAGGCCCUGCCCUCUCUCCAGAAGGGCCGGGUUGCAGUUCACUAUGUUCUAUCGGGACAUGCACCAGAUCAACCGAGCUGGCCUCUUCCUGGGUUCCAUCUCCUCCUCGAGCGUGCGAGAUCUUGCCUCCCACUUUGAAAGGAGCAGCCUGACAUUGGCCAGGGGUGAGCUGGGCCCCAGCCAGGAGGGCUCAGAGCACAUCCCCAAGCACACCGUCUCCUCCCGCAUCACAGCUUUUGAGCAGCUGAUCCAGCGGUCCCGGUCCAUGCCGUCCCUGGACCUGUCUGGGAGGCUGAGCAAGUCCCCCACGCCCGUACUGUCCCGGAGGGGCCUGAUCUCGGCCCGCUCGGCUGAGUCCCUCCUGGAGUCAACCAAGCUCCGUCCCAGGGAGAUGGACGGGAUGAACCCCGGGGGGCUCUAUGCCUCCCCGACGUGUGGCAAUAUGGCCGAGCCCACCUUGGGCUUCAGGGGCCUCGUGCCUUCUGAGCCCCUCUCUGCCUGCUCUGACGAGCUCGACCACUGUUCAAACGUCUCCAGUGACAGCAGAGAGGGCAGCAGCGGCAGUGUCCACGGAGACUUCCCCAAGCACCGCCUCACCAAGUGCAAGGGCACCUGCCCGGCCUCGUAUACCCGCUUCACCACCAUCCGGAAGCACGAGCAGCAGCAGACCUCCAGGCAGCCUGACUGGCGCCCAGAUCUCAGAGGGGACAGGAGCACACUUCUCAGGAACAUCUACUUAAUGAGCCCCCUCCCUUUCCGGUUGAAAAAGCCCCUCCAGUACCACCCCAGGCAGCCUCCCUGUGGUGACUUCUCAGCCCCUCUGGCAGGCCAGAAGCCAGACUUCCCCAGCCAGCCCCAUCAGGACGAGACCCCCUCUAGGGGGAAGCCCUCGGUUCCCAAACGCCUGUCUUCCCGACACACCAUGGCGAGGCUGAGCCGGAUCUUGGAGCCCCCUCAGGGAAGACCUGUGGUCCCAGAGGACUGCCUGAGGGCCUUUAAUAAUGGCAACUCCAUGCCGUCCUCAGACCAUGGCCUGGACAGGAACAACAACCCACAAAGUGAACUGGGAACAUCCCUUGGAGAUUCAGAAUCACCAAGACAUUUUAUACCUGCUGAUUAUUUGGAAUCCACGGAAGAAUUUAUUCGAAGGCGCCAUGAUGAUAAAGAGAAACUUUUAGCGGACCAGAGACGACUUAAGCGUGAGCAAGAAGAGGCCGAUAUUGCAGCUCGUCGCCACACGGGCGUCAUUCCGACGCACCAUCAGUUUAUCACUAAUGAGCGCUUUGGGGACCUCCUCAAUAUAGACGAUACGGCAAAAAGGAAAUCUGGGUCAGAGAUGAGACCUGCCAGAGCCAAAUUUGACUUUAAAGCUCAGACCCUAAAGGAGCUUCCUCUGCAGAAGGGGGACAUUGUUUACAUCUAUAAGCAGAUUGAUCAGAACUGGUACGAAGGAGAGCAUCACGGCCGGGUGGGGAUCUUCCCGCGCACCUACAUCGAGCUUCUUCCUCCUGCUGAGAAGGCUCAGCCCAAGAAGUUGGCACCAGUGCAGGUUUUGGAAUACGGAGAAGCCAUUGCUAAGUUCAACUUUAAUGGUGAUACACAAGUAGAAAUGUCCUUCAGAAAGGGUGAGAGGAUUGCACUGCUCCGACAGGUGGACGAGAACUGGUACGAAGGGAGGAUCCCAGGGACGUCCCGGCAAGGCAUCUUCCCCAUCACCUAUGUGGACGUGAUCAAGCGGCCACUGGUGAAAAACCCCGUGGAUCACAUCGACCUGCCUUUCUCCUCCUCCCCAAGUCGUAGUGCCACCGCGAGCCCGCAGUCCCCCGGUCACAGCCAACUCCUCAUGCCGGCCCCCUCAUCUCUGCCCCACCCCCACCGAGCCCUGUCCCCUGAGAUGCACGCCGUCACCUCUGAAUGGAUUUCGCUGACUGUAGGGGUCCCAGGCAGGCGGUCUCUGGCCCUGACCCCACCCUUGCCUCCUCUGCCGGAGACUUCUGUCUACAACACUGACCACCUCGCCUCGUGGGCCAGGCCCGGGCCCUCCCUGUCUCUCAGCCUGCCCCGUUCGAGUUGGGCAGAUCGUUCCACCCCACGCUCCCUGACGUCCCCACUGGCCCUGCCUCCCCCCCACAAAGCCUCCUCCCUGGUGCCCGGUGCCCCGGCCUCCCUGCACAUCAACGGGGACAGUGGUAUCCACGUGCCACCCUCAGGUGUCCGCCCGGAAAGCUUCUCACGGCCGCUGCCGGGGAGCUCUGAUAGGGUCAUCUCCGAGCUCAGCGACGCCUUUAGCAGCCAGGGUAAGCGGCAGCUGAGGCGAGAAGAGCGUGGACAGUGUGAGAGGAGAGCAGAGCGGGAGGCAGGUGACAGAUGCCCUGGAGCACCCAAGAUCUCUAAGAAGAGCUGCUUGCGACCUUCAGACGUGGUCAGGUGCCUGAGCGCGGAACAGAGACUCUCAGAUCUCCACGUCCCCGAGGAGAGCCGGCCCAGCAAGCCCCUGGGUAGCCCUUUUCCGGGAAGGGAGGCUGAGCAGACAGAGCCGCGUAGAGGUGGCGAGCAGGCUGAGAGGAGGGCUGCUGGGAGUGCUGUGAGCCAGCCUUCUCAUCAUUCAUUGAGAGCAGGACCUGAUCUCACAGAAUCUGAAAAGAGCUAUGUGGAAGCAGUUUGCAAUGAGAUCAUAAACAUUGCCGAAAAAUCUGUUCAUUACUGCAGCACUGUUUCUCAUCCCCUUGACUUUCAUCACAAGGUAUCCCCUUCUGACAAUAAAUCAUCUUUAAUCAUUUCUCAGCAACCUCAAGCCCAACAGCGAAGAGUCACCCCCGACAGGAGUCACACCUCACAAGAUUUAUUUAGCUACCAAGCAUUGUAUAGCUAUAUACCACAGAAUGAUGAUGAAUUGGAACUCCGAGAUGGAGAUAUUGUUGAUGUCAUGGAAAAAUGUGAUGAUGGAUGGUUUGUUGGUACUUCAAGAAGGACAAGGCAAUUUGGUACUUUUCCAGGCAACUAUGUAAAGCCUUUGUAUCUAUAAGAAGAUUGAAAACCACAGAGAUUAUUUUUAUUGGAGGAUGAAGCAUAAUUCACGAACUGGUCUCUUUAUUUAAACAUUGAGUUUAAAUAACUAACUAACGCAGUGGAUAAAGUAAGAAGCAAAAGAGAGGGACAGAGAAGUGUUGUGUCUGAAGCCUGAGCCUGUGUGAACGUACAGUGUCAGGCAGGCUGAACUGAGAAAAAAGGAAUGAGGCAAAUCUGUAUUUACUUAGCUGCUUCUGGGAGCCACUCCAAGCCUUCCCUGCCUCUCCCCCUCUUGGGUAAUCUGACCUGUAACACGGGCCAGGAUCAGUGAGGUCAGAAAUGCCUCUUGCUGCCCCAGACUUGACCAGCUUUUGCUCAAAGGGGUCAUUUAGCCGGAAGCAGCCCUCAGAGCAUCAGGCAGACCCCUAGCCAUUCUCCCAAGGCUCUACACCCCAGCCACCCAGAGCCCCAUUUCCAAACACUGCUGGGGAUCAGCUCGGGCUGCCGAGGCCAUCCCUGGAGGCCCCCAGGCUACCCAAGACCACGUCCCUCACUCCUGGGGUACGUGGGGAAAUGGAGGCAGAACACAGAAUGCCCUGUGCAUUCAGCCCGCAUGCAGCAUUGCUCUUGAUGCCCCUGGUGUUCAGACAGAAAAGAACAUGAGGUUUGCCCGUGGGAGCGGGGUCCCCGGGUCAGAUAGUUAUAUUUCUAUUUCCAGGUGAUUAAGUUAAGAAGCUCUGUAGUUAUCGAGGUCGCUUGCAGUGUGCUCUUUCCCAUAUCUCUGACUUUUGUAAGUGGUCACCUUUAGCACAGUUUCAUUUAGCAGAAUGCCACUGCUAACCUUUCUUUUCUGGAUUGUUUUUGGUCAGGGCAGUUUGGGGUUGAUGGGCCUAUUCUGACAAGGUACCAAGGAUGGCAUCCAGUGAAUCAUUUCACAUACGCCAGAUGCUGGGGCCACUGAUGAGCAGGAUGUGCUCCACACCUUAGCACAGACUCCCUGCAGCAGUUCAGGCACCACCCACAGUGCAGUAGCCCAGGGUCGUGAGCCCCGAUGCACCCUGGUGAGGCUUCUCCUCGAGCAGAAGGUGCCCAUGCCCCGGCCCGCAGUGCGAGGCAGUGGUUCGCCACUCCCAGGACAUCUGUGCUUUGCGGGGCUACAUCUGAGGAGGGAGGGCCCUGUGACACCCGGGGUGCUCCAGUCACAUCUCCAUCCAGUUCAAGGAUGUUUCUCAGCCUCUCUGCUAGACCCCUUAGAAAACUAGAGAAAUGACCCACUCCCUGCCCACCAGGAACUCAGAGGUGAUUGGAGAGGUGCACACACACAAAUACUGAAUCAAGAGAGACUGUGAUAUGUGCGAAGAAGGGUAUGAGAGAGGAGGAGGAGAUUACCUUUCCCUGGAGAGACCCUAGGAAGCAUUGUCGUAUUUCUGUCUCCAUGAGCUCGCUCUUGAACAACUAGGCUGCUUAGAAGAACCUUCCUCUGAGGGUAGUUUAUGGCUGGAAAUUCUUGGAACUGUUUCCAGAGUUUUCACACUCUUACCCUCCCCACAAAUACGCAUCCAAGGUCACAAACAGGAGUAGCAAUUCUAGGUGGUAGGGUGUAUACAGGAAUCCUGGCUCUCUGCAUGUAGCUCAGAAUUGCCCCAGGACCAUUGUCCCAAAACCUGGAGUCUUUACAGGUAGGCAGAGUUUGUCUUCAGUGCCUCCGUCCCACCUUCUGUGUCUGCCAUUCAUCUACCCAUCACCUGUCCACCCCCGUACCCCCAUCAGAGAGCCUACCCCCAUCAGAGAGCCUCAUUCUCUUCCUGUCCUCCUUUCAAAUCUUGGCCUCAGGAAAGAACCUGCCACUGACUCCUUCACACUGGAGUGUAAAUGACCGGUAAGAGGAAUGUGUUACUUCUUCCUGGAGACACUUGUUUUUAGCUAGGACAGAGCAGAGCCUUAACCCCAAGGGAUGAGGCAGUGGAACUAAUGGUGGUAGGGGGUGGGGGUGGGGUGGAGGAGCUUCCUGGGUAGAAAGAGCCUUUUUGAUAUUCUUUAACACUCAUUGCUUUGGAAGGUCGACUUCAGCAUCCAAGGGCACUGUCUGACUCUCUGAGGGACUAUAGUACAAGUGCAUAUGCACGUGCAUUUUGCACAACAGCAUUUCACUCAUUUUUGGAACGUAAUUCUCGUAUUGGCUAAUGUGUUUCCUGGUCUUUCUUAGAUGCAAACCAUUAAUAACGACCUUAUUCUAAUAGCUUUUUGAGGGGUGCUUCUUAAGUAGGUAAUUUUGAACACCUCUUUCAAUACAGCUAGAAAAUAAAACCAAUUUGUAAAGCCACAUUUGCAUAUGAUGCCAGCCUCACGCAUUUGUAUAUCUUCAGAAACCCAGGUAUGCCUCACCAAUUUGCCCGUCUUUAAUAAAAUCAUGUUAAAAUUUGCAUCAAACUUCAGCUUCCUAUGUAUGACAGAACAAGGAACAAAGUUUCCAACUGCUCUUUUGUCCUCAAACAUUUAGUAAUAUAAAAUACCUAUUUUUAUGCUGAAAUAUUUAUACAGGUUUAUUAAUAGCAAGUGCAACUAACUGGCACCAUGCCUUGCAACACAUUUUGAUAUAUUAGCCAUGCUUCUGGGUAAAGGCAAGCCCCCAACUACUUAUCUUUUGCAGUCUCUCUGGGAUCAGUUAAAGAAAAAAAUCAUAUGCGUAAGAAGUAGGACUGUAAAUAUGUAUAUUUAACUUUGUAUAGCCCAUGUACCUACUUUGUAUAGAAAAAUAAUUUUAAAAAUUUGAACUGAAGGGGGGGUGAAAUAAGGAAGUCAUGAAGUUUUUUGCAUUUUUAUUUAAAUGAAGGAAUUCCAAAUAACUCACCUGCAGAUUUUUAGCACAAAAAUAGCCAUUGUAAAGUGUUAAAAUUUUAAAUAAUCAUUCUUUCUGGGAGAGAAGGUAAUUGUGAUCUCAGUUAUAGGUUUUUUAUUUUGGUUUUGAUUUUUUUUUUGUUGUUUUUUGUUUUGUUUUGUUUUUUGGCUGUCUUAUUUAUCUACAGUAGUAUUAAGUUCUUUUGCUAGAAUAAGUUACUACAAAGAAGAUUAUAUUCUGAAAGAAAAAUAACUGACAUUAUAUAUAACCAAUUAAUUUAAAGUGUUGCCAUUUACACACCAAGAGCAUGUACUAUGCAGACACAGAUUUUUCCAUUCAUUUAUUUUUCUUUAUUGCGGUGGAUUGAUUUGAUAAAUGGAUGUGUUGAAUUACUACAUUUGCUGUACAUAUUAUUUAAUAAACUUUAUUCAGAAUUGUGUGGCA